AUGGCCCUCUCCUCCCGCCGCCUCCUGCUCCACUAUACAAUCACCAACCCCAAGUCCGCCGCCGGCGAAUCCUCCCCCUCCUCCACUACCUUCGACACUAACGUCAUCAUGAUCCUUGCCAUCCUUCUCAUAGCCCUCAUCUGCGCUCUCGGCCUCAAUGCCAUCGUCAGCUGUAUUUUCCGCCUCUCCGGCCGCUCUAGUCAGUCUUUCCCUGUCGUCCUCCCCGGCGCCGCCGCUCGCCGACGAGCCAUCCGCAAGGUCCCGGUCGAGUUCUUUUCAGCCGGUCUUAAGCUGGCCGGCUCCGAUUCGGAGUGCGCCAUUUGUCUCGCCGAGAUUGAACCGGGCGACCGGAUCCGACUUCUUCCUCUCUGUCGCCACGGCUUUCACGUGCCUUGCAUCGACCAGUGGCUUUUAACCCGGCCCACCUGCCCGCGCUGCCGCCAAUGUCCCUUUGUCAGGAUCCCGAAGAGCUCUGGUUGUGUCAAACCGGAAGAGGUGGACCGAACCGGCAUUGAGCCGUUGGGGCCGGAAGAAUUGGAAGUAGGUUAUAGUCUGUAAUUAUCCUUAUGUCUAUAGUAUCCCCUGCAAAUAAAAAUUAGUAACAGAACAAUGUUUAUAAUCAUAUGCGAACGUGUAAGUGCACUGUAAGGAACCCCAAGGUAUGGGCCCAAGAGAGGG